AUGAAAGUGCACCCGGUGAUUGAAGAAGCGAUGGAUCUGCGUCGAAAGAACCACAUCGUAAGUUUCAUCGCCGCACUUUCUACUUUCCUAGUAACUGUUACUACAGCUGAACGCGGAAAAAUUUAUCGAAACUCGCAACAUCUUCCACAAGCUGGUCAACGAAGUUCAGUCAAAGGUACUUGCAUUCCUUCCCUAUCAGAAGACCAUAGGUCUUUUCAGAUCACUACCGAGACAUCGAAGGAUCUCAAGGAAAAGUCGGAGACUCUUCGUCGCAAGGGGACCUACAUGGCCGUUCGCGGACAGAGCAACUUUGUGGUGAGUAGUCCUGCUCAUUUGGGAUUUCUAAGAACAUAUGAUUGAUUACUUUUCAGCGCUACACCUGCAAACUCCAAGAAAUCAACACUUCGCUCCAUCAUCUUCUCGCCGAAUUCUCUCCAAAUAACUGA